UUUUCUAUUUCUAGUUUAUAAUCAAAAAGCUGACAUUGGAAAGCAUCUUGUAGUAUAAAUAUAAUAAUUGCUGCUUUCGGUGAGAGAAUAAAAAUAUUUUUCUUUCUAGGGUUUUACGAGAUCAACAAUUUCUGUUUUUGUUCUUCUGCCUCCCUUUUUUGUUCUUCAUUCAAGUGAUUGAUCAGAGUAACAAUGGCGACGACUGCAAGACAAUCAGAAGCUCAAGCUCAAUUCCAGUUUACGAAGCAACCGUAUGUCGAAGAUGUUGGACCUAGGAAGAUUCAAAGUAUAAAGUUCUCAAUGAUGUCUGGACCAGAAAUCAUGAAAGCUUCUGAAGUUCAAGUGUAUGAUAGUGGUUUUUAUGAUCAAAACAUAAAGCCUAAGAAGAAUGCAUUGCUCGAUUCUCGUAUGGGUCCUGCUGGUAGCAAAAUGGGUAUCAUUUGUGAAACAUGCCAUGGCGAUUUUGCAAAUUGCCCAGGACAUUAUGGAUAUUUGCAUCUUUGCCUUCUGGUGUUCAAUGUUGGAUACUUCAAUGCGAUUCUUAAUAUUCUUAAAUGCAUAUGUAAGUCAUGUGCUCGAAUACUACUGUCGGAGAAAGAACGUGUAAGUUACUUAAAGAAGAUGAGGAAUCCCAAAGCGGAGGCUUUGCAGAAGACUGCCACAGCCAAGGCGAUAUUAAAAAGUUGUAAACCCAAAACAUGCAGCAGAUGCGGAUACAUCAAUGCUGUAGUGAAAAAAGCAGGAACAGUUAUGGGUAUUAUUCAUGACCGAAGCAAAAAAUUUACGGAUGACACAGAUAAAGAAUGCAAAGCAGCACUUUCUGGGACACGUAUUCAAAUUCUUAACCCUGUUAGAGUUCUUGGUCUCUUUAAAAGAAUACUGGACCAGGACUGUGAACUACUAUAUCUCAGUGAUAGGCCUGAGAAACUUAUUAUUACAGACAUUUUGGUGUCUCCUACAGCUAUCCGUCCUUCUUCUUUUGUAGAUGGAGGAAGAAGUAACGAAGAUGAUAUCACUUCUAAACUUAAUACCAUUAUUCAAACAAAUGCUUCCCUCCGACAAGACUUAGAUGGCAAGAAGUCCACUUCCCAAUGUUUGGGUGAUUGGGAACUACUCCAAGUUGAGGUUGCACAAUAUAUUAAUAGCGAAGUCCGUGGUGUCCCCCUAAGUAUGAUGCAGUCCUCAAAACCAUUACGAGGGUUCGUCCAACGUCUCAAAGGGAAACAGGGGCGCUUUCGUGGGAACUUGUGUGGAAAACGUGUUGAGUAUACUGCCAGGACUGUUAUUUCCCCUGAUCCUAAUCUUAAAAUUACAGAGACGGAUGUUCGUGUCGUUGUUGAUGCUAGAAGGAGAAGGAGUGUAAAGUCCGUGACUGUGGUCGAGGUUGAAGAUAGUAGCAAUCAAGCAUGUGAAGAUUCUGCAGAAUCCGUGGAGACAGAAGACAGUGUUCAUGCCCGUGAAUACCCGACAAGUGGGUUCUUGUUUGAAGCUUCAUUGAUUAACACUUUCCCAGAUAAUGAGGUGGUUGGUGUAUUAGUCAUUCCCAAGUGCCAUGCACCUCUGUAUACUAAGAUCUAG